AUGGCGAAUUAUUCAAAUAAAUAUGUUUAUGGUGAUCUUGUAAUUAAUGAAAUUAGACAAUUUAUUCAACAAUACUUACCAAUUCCCCUUCCUUGGAAAUCUGAUGAUUACAUUAUUUUAACUAAUGGUUUAUGUGGUUCUGCUUGUGCUCAAAUUGCUGAAUAUGCUGCUGAAUUUAAUAAUGUAACUGCUGUAUCUGUUGGGGGAAUCGCUGAUAAACCUUUAUUAGCUUAUUCUUCAUUUCCUGGUGGUUUUGUUUUUAACGCUAGUAUGAUAUUUAAUUCUUUAGGUAAAUUAAAUUUAUUAAAUAAUUCUUUAAUUCCUAAACCUUUUCCUUUGUCUGGAAUGGAUCUUACUUUUACUUUAAAUGAGAUGUAUAAUAAAAUACAUCCUGAUGAACUUUCGGAAUUCGUCUUUAUGCCUGCUGAUUUUAGAUUAUUUUAUGAUGAAAAUAAUGUUAGAAACUUUUCGACUUUAUGGUCUCAGGUUGCUGAUUUAGUUGGUUCUAAAAAAAAGUAA